ACCAGGUACUCCAGACCUUGAUGCCAGACUGUAACAGGCCGCCCUGUUUAGAUAAGCUGAGAGAUUCUCUCCGAGCCAAAGGCUGGUGAAAUUAUGAAUACGGGACACAAAAUCUUGAUUCCGUUGGCAAUCAUUUUCAUCACCUACUGUAUACUGGAAUCUUCAGGAACAGAGUGUGAGACAAACUUAUGUCCAAACAAUAACAAAUGUUUUGUGAGGAACGUACCCAACCAGCCAAGCUACGUUUGUGAAUGUACAAGGCCGGGUUACCAGGGAUAUGACUGCACGCAAACAUUAAACAAUCAAAUAAUUGAAACGUGCUACGGAGAGGGCUGCAAAACGGGCUCCUAUGAAUCCCCCGGAUACACCACCACCGGUUACAGCAACAACGAGAGGGUCCUGGUCCUUCUCUACAUCCCCUGGGCAACGGAAAUUCGCUUCAGCUUCGCCCAGAACUUCCAAAUAGAGAGGAAUGCAGAUGAGCUCUUUGUCGGUAGCGGACUCUACGUCCCACACAGCGAAUUGGCACAGGGGAAUGCGCUGAAUCCCAGGCUGUACUUCUUUGAUGGUUUCAGGGCUCCUAGUCCAUUUAGUGUCUACAAUGACACAGCUUUUGUCUAUUUUGUUAGUGACAGAGAGCAAACAUACGCAGGAUUCAACAUAUUUUGGAAUGCUACAGUUGCAGACCCACCAACAACUCCUGAAGUGGCAGAAGCUACCACAGACCCACCAUCAACUGUCACAGAUAUGACGACUCAGUCAGCAGCAAGUGCAACGGUUUUCAAGUCAGGGCUGGUGACCACAGUUCUGAUCACCCUUUUUGCUACCAUUCUUGCUCAAAUGUGAUAAACUGAAAUCAGUGAUUCAAUGGUUCUUUGAACAUAUGUGAGUUCUGUUGGAGAAAUUUUUUAUUCAUCAGGACACAAUGUAAAUGACUGAAAGUAUUGCCUUAAUGUCAUGAUAGCUUCUGCAGCUGGGCUUCACGUAGCUAUGAAAAAAUCACCUUUCUGAUCACAGUAUGACAAUUCUUGUUUUUAUUUAUUCUACAUUAGGUACGUGUCCAUGACAUAAAUUUCAGUUGUACAUGACACAAAUUUCAAUUAUAAACUGUAGUUAAAUGACAACAGGUAACAUAACAGAUUUGUUAGUUUGAUAAUUUUGCUUGUAAAAAGUGAGUGUCAGCCCCUGUUUGGCCCUUGUCUUGGUUGUUGAGGAUGUACCAGAUAAAAACCACAUGAUGAUAUGGGAUAAAGCUAUACAUAUGGAACAAGAUUUAGGCUAGAACGAAGUCAAAGUGUUUUUCUGAAUUACUACGCACAAAGUGAGCCAAGUACAUAAUUUGUCAACCAUAAAUUAACUGUGUAAGAAUAUUUGAGGACACUUGAGAGCAAAAAGAAGAAAAGAUUGAUUUUGAAAAAAAAAACAGAUGACUUUCAAGGGCAUCAUCAGUUCUAAACUUUUGGUUUCAAUUUACAAUGAGGAUGAGGUUUAAAAACUGAAAUGUCACAGUUUAUACAAAAUAGAAAACAUCGGCAAUUACUUUGUUCAUGAAUGAUUACACAUUUUGGUAAAUGAGGUGAAGAACAUAAAAUAGGUUGAUAAAUAGCAUGAAUUGUAAUUAAAAA